UCAUCCUCAGCCCAGCGGAGCAGCUGGAGAAGCCAGGACCGACAUGACAGCGCCGGCACGGGAGAAAAAAGCCCGCCAGCAGCCGCUGGUGAGCGUCCGGCCAGAGGCUGUGUGGGCUGCGGGUCGCUACGCUGUGUUGGCCGCCCUGUGCGCCCUCUGCUACAGCAACUCUCUCCGCGGGGAGUUGGUGCACGACGAUGUGUGGGCUAUCAUCAACAACCCGGACGUCCGACCGAGCUCCAGCCUCCGAAACAUCUUCAGCAACGACUUCUGGGGCAAGAGGAUGGCGGACAACACGAGCCACAAGUCCUAUAGACCGCUGUGCAUCCUCACCUUCAAGUUGAACAUCCUGCUGGGCGGCAUGAUGCCUCUGUACUUCCACAUCGUCAACGUGUGUCUGCACUGCGCCGUCACCUGCCUGCUCAUGCACACGUGUGAGCGCUGCGUGUUUGAGGAACCGCGUCUGGCCUUCGUCACGGCAAUCCUCUUCGCUGUGCACCCCGUCCACACCGAAGCCGUGUCUGGUAUCGUGGGCAGGGCUGACGUCUUGGCCUGUCUGCUGUUCUUGUUGACGUUCCUCUCCUAUAUUAGGAGUGUGGGCGUGUGCGUCUCUGAGAACUCUCUGCCCUCCACGGUGUCGUCGUGCUCUCUGCUCGUCAGCCUGCUGCUGGGCACCUGCGCCAUGCUGGUGAAGGAGACGGGCAUCACCGUGUUCGGGGUGUGCGUGCUCUACGACGCCCUGGUGAUCUGCCGCAAACCUCUCCUCUAUCACCUGUCUGGCUCCAGACUCAGGGACCUUUUCCACAUCUGCAGCCCCUUUAUCAAACGAGCCGGCCUCAUCUUUGGCUAUGUGGUGAUCAUCAUGUCGGUCAGGCUGUGGCUGAUGGGAGGAUCCAUGCCCCUGUUCUCUGAGCAGGACAACCCCGCCUCCUUCUCAUCUCACCUGCUCACCAGGAUUUUGACCUACUCUUACCUGUUGUCCUUUAACGCCUGGCUGCUGCUGGCCCCCAUCGUGCUGUGUUACGACUGGCAGGUGGGCAGCAUUCCCCUGGUGGAGUCGUUCGGCGACGUGCGCAACAUUGCCACUGUGCUGCUGGCUGUGGUGAUGGUUGCCCUCUGCCUGCACUGCGUCCUCUCACUGCAGAGACAGGAGAGCAGGGAAGUGUUGGUGGGAAUGUUGUUUCUGGUGUUUCCCUUCAUUCCUGCCAGUAACCUUUUCUUCAGGGUUGGAUUUGUCGUGGCCGAGAGGGUUCUCUACAUGCCGAGUAUGGGUUACUGUAUCCUGGUGGCUCACGGUGUGGGUCGGCUGUGUUCGGUGGUGGGCCGCUGGGGCACCACAGUCCUCAGUGUCUCCAUGCUGCUGCUGCUCCUGCUCUUCUCCUGGAAGACCGUCCAGCAGAACCACGUCUGGCUCUCCAGGGAGGCCCUCUUCCGCUCUGGUAUCCAGACUCUUCCUCACAAUGCCAAAGUCCACUACAACUACGCCAACUUCCUGAAAGACAGCGGUCGACACCAAGAGGCCAUUCACCACUACACCACUGCCCUCAGGUUAUACCCCCGCCACGCCAGCGCCAUGAACAAUCUUGGCACUCUGACACGCGGCCCAGAGGAGGCUGAGCGCUACUACAGGAAAGCACUGGACACCAACCCUCAGCAUAACCGAGCUCUCUUCAACCUGGGAAACCUCCUCAAGUCCCAGGGGAAGGAGAAAGAGGCCGAGACUCACCUGAAAGACUCGAUACGCUUCGGUCCAAAUUUCGCAGACGCUUACUCCAGUCUGGCUUCACUCUAUGCUGAACAGAAACGCUUUCCUGAAGCCAAUGAGGUGUAUGUGAAAGGUAUAGAGAACUGUCCCGACAGCUCCGACCUGCAUAACAACUACGGAGUGUUUCUGGUGGAUACGGGAGAAGGAGAGCUGGCAGCCGCUCACUACCAGCAAGCUGUCCGUCUCAAACCAGCACACUACGUUGCCAUGGUGAACCUGGGCCGUCUGCUCCGCUCCUCCAAUGAGAACAAAGAGGCCGAGUCGUGGUACAAGAGGGCGCUGCAGGUGACGAGGAAGGUGGACAUCCUGACACCGCUCGGUGCGCUGUACUACAACACGGGCCGCUACGAAGAGGCUCUGCAGGUGUACAGAGAGGCUGCCGCACUGCAGCCGGGCAGUACCGACAUCUGGCUGGCUCUGGCUCAGGUUUUAGCCAUGGCCGGUCGUACCAAAGAGGCAGAGAAGAUGACCCAGGACAUCAUUUCUAGAGAGGGCAGCUGUAUCGAAUGUUACCGCCUCCUGUCUGCCAUCUACAGCAAGCGGGGCAACUACACAGAGGCUCUGGAUGCUCUGGACAGAGCCCUGCAGCAGAAUCCCAGUGACCUGGCAGUGAGAGCAGAGCUGCAUUUCUCCAAAGGAAACCAGCUGAGAGAGAUGAACCAGCUGGACCGAGCCUUCGAGAGCUACAAGCUGGCUGUGGAACUCAAACCUGACCAGUCCCAGGCCUGGAUGAACAUGGGAGGGAUACAGCACAUUAAGGGAGACUAUGCAGCAGCCAGAAUGUACUACCAGAGAGCCCUGCUUCUCAGUCCUGGUUCCAAACUUCUGAAGGAAAACCUGGCUAAGCUGGACCGGCUAGAGAGGAGACUGACAGGGGGGGCGUAGACCACCACCACAGUUCCUCUGGAUGCUGCACUGUCGCAGGUACAGAUCAAGGGAGGAGGGCACUGACCAGCCCUCUGGAGCCCAAACACCAGCCACCAGGCUGCUGGAUAAAACGAACCUGGUUAAAACAACAACCUUCCUGUGUGAGAGCAGAGGAGGAAGGUGGACUUGUCAGGACUGCAGGGUGUUCGGAGGUGGACUGGGUGUCCUGGAGAUUGGGUCAAGCCUCAGUCUGGGGGAAAGAAGGAGUGGACUGGCUAGUUGAAGACCACUGGGAGCGCCAUGCAUUGCCCAGUCUGCAUCAGCUUUACUUCUGCCUUCACAUCUGCUGCAGACAUUUAAGUUGAAUUCAUUAUUAUUUAGUUUCAUGUGAAGUCUUUUUCUUUGUUGCACUUAAACACAGAGUAUAAUUCAGUCCUGCCUAUGAGAAUUAUUCAUGUAUUCAAAUGAGUAAAGUGAAAGUGUGUGAAAAAAAAAACGUUAUGAUGAAGGGAACGAGUGUGGAAGUUCAUUCUGGAACCUUGGGAAUAGUAUGUGUCACCAAAUUUAAGCUCAUUCAUUUAGCUAGCUUUUCAGAGCUUUCCACCACAUCUCAUGGUCUUCUUCAGUGGAUGGAGAUGGCUCAGGUGUCAUCAGGUGAUGUAAGUGUGGAACUGUGAUGAUAACAAGUGGUCGGUCAGCAUCGACUGGGAUCAAAGGGUUCAUUCAGCAGGAGUCAGUGGAUGGUUGGAGAAAUAGGUAGCACAAAGUCAAAGUUUUGCGAGUUAUAAAGAAGUCUUGACUAUAGUCUAAAGUCCAGGAAAUCAAGACAACCCCUGACAUACCAUGAAUAAAAUUUAUCCAGGAGAUUGUGACAACUGAAAUUGACUUGACGCAGCUAGAAUGUUUCACCAAAGAGUUUUGCAUCUCUAAUCUACAAUUACACCUCUUCCUCUCACUAUCUGAGGGUGAAUUUGCAGAGGAGUUGUGCAUCUUUUACCACACACAAUCUUUGGCUGAGCACUUUAACCACAGUCAAGUUUAAUUUAAGCCAGGCAUGUCCAAACUAUUCCAUAAAGGGCUGUGUGCCCGCAGGUUUUUGUUCCAACCAAUCAAGUGCACACGAUUCGACCAAUCAGCUGUCUGAAGAACUGAGAUCAGGUGAUUAAAUGAGUCAAGCCUGGUGUGCUCCUGAUUGGUUGGAAUAAAAACCUUUAUGGAAUAGUUUGGACACCUCUGAUGUAAGCCUUUAAAACCUACGUUAACAUUAAAUAGGUACUGCAAAUAUUAAGUACUAAACAACUAAGGGUUGCCUUCAAUGUAUCUAUGUCCAGUUUAUAACACAAGCUUUCCCUUCUCCCAGUCUUUCACCCCAAACUGAUAUAAUCCUGAUUACAUCACGAAGACAUCAUCAGACACCAAUUUAGUGGAGUGCCCCAUUAAGUAGCUAUAAGUGGUAUAAUCAGCCACCUUUGUCCUUUAAGUAAACUUGAAUGCCUUAAUGUCCCACUGUGAUGAUCUGUGCUAUCACAUGUAAUCUGUCUGCACUGACAAAUGCACCUUUCCAUCCUGCGUAGGCCACCUGAUGGGCUGCUGUCAGACUGAUUGAAAAUAUAUCUGUCACCAGGAAAAUGAAGAGUAGAUUCUCCACAAGCCUUUUUGUGGUAACAUUUUGAGUCUUUUGGGUUCACUUUAUAAAUGUACAGGUCAUGUUCUGACACUUGAGCCAGCCCCAUUCUCUGAAGAAGUCCCUGAGAUGCAGUUGAAAGCUCAAAAAAGCAUUUAAGUGGAGUUUUGAGCUUUAAUAACGUUGUUACACAUUAAGGGAAUGAUACCAGGUUCUAUUUAAUCCCACUCCGUCGGAGUAUAUCAGUGAUAAUAUAUCAAUGGAAGCUCUCAGAUUAGAAUAGAAAUGUAAUAAGAACCAUAACAACCGCUUCUCUUAUUUGACAUAAACCGUACCAUGUUCAUUUGACUUCCAUGCGUAGGACUGGCUGCAGUACACGACCUGAUGUCACGAGCCUUCUGCGAGUAUAAUAAGCUAGUGUGUGUGCUCCUGUGUGUGAGGAGCUGAAAAUCGUGGCUUCAUGCUUACCAUAACCUCUGAAGAUUGCUGUUAGGUUGCUUGUUGUGGUUUUGUUGACGUUGAUGUUGAUUGUGAAUGAAUUUUGUUGUGAAAUGACAAUGGGAUGAAAAUGAAGUGACAAGUGCAAUGACUGACUUGCACCAAGACAAUAAAGUAUAUGUUUU